AUUUUCUUUUUUUCCUCUCCAGCUAAGUUCUCCUCUGUCUGCCUCUGAUCAUCCUUCCCAUAAAUCACCCACCGCCCAUUUCCUAUCUCCAAUUAACAUGAAAGUAAACCAUGAACUGGCUUCUUCUGGCCUUAAAGCCUCUUCUGUGCAAGAAUCCCAUAGUCAAUGGCAGUCUGCAAAUGGAUCCUCCAUACAUCAGUCAUCUACCUAUUGCUAUUCUUCCACAUCUUCCAGUUUACCUUCUUCCAUACUGAAAAGACCUUCCUUCCCAUAUAACAGCCUUUCAGCCAGUGGUCUCCAGGCUAAUGUUCCUCACCAGUUAACUGAAACCACUUCCUCACCACUUUUAGCAAGCAAGGACUCUCCGUAUCCUUCUUCACAGGUUCAUAGUUCAGUAGAUGUGGUUUGCAGCUCAUCUCCUAAGGUUGCUUCUCCUCUUCCUUCCAAGAGACUUACCGCAUGGUCUGUGGUUCCAAUCUCUAUCACAACACAUUUAUUAUCUCCUAGUCCAAAACCUCUGUCUUCUCCUCUGCACGGUUCUUCCUCAACCUUAUAUAAUGUAAAUAAUCCUUGUAGCCAAAUGUCAUCUAGUGGUAAUCUUCUGACCUCUGACACUAGAUCCCCUCUACCAACAAGACUUUCUGUUUUGACUGCUAUUCUGAAGUCAGGCUCUUCUCCAAAAAGGCCAUUUUCUCCUGUGUCUUGUUCUGCCACACUUUCUCCUAGUUCCUUGGGCUCCUCAACACUGACAAUAGAUCAGAAGUUGAAAACAACUCCUCCAACUCCGAAGAAAUCUUCCUCAAGUUUUUCUGUUAGGUCUGGCUCUCCAAACCAAGAUGGAUUCCACCUUUCAGUAUUUUCUAAUGUGCCAGAUCACGCAAGCUUGUCCUCAAAAUCCAGUCCUAAUCUUGGAACAAGAUCACAGUCCCCUAAAAGGCACCUUGACACCAGGGCACUUUCUCCUGACAAAUUACGCCCUUUGUCCCCCAGAAUUUCUUCCUACAGGAAAACAACGGUAUCUCCUCUCUUUCAACCCAAAUCGCCCAAUUUUUCUUUACCUCCCCAUGGGCCAAGAAAAGGGGCCCUCUCCCCUGCCAAUGGAACACGAGGGCCUGAAAAGUCUAAGAAGAUACGCACCUACUCUCCCACUUUCACUGCCAAGUCCAUUCCCGUGUCGAUGCCUGUUCUCAAUCAAAAGGACAGAGUAUCUCCCACUUCAGAAAAAGGUUGCCUUUCUCCAAAUCUGAUGCAUUCUAGCAAUUCUAGAUCUAAAGGACGUUUACGACGAGUCUCAGCUAAGGAUGCAGAUGCCUAUUUCUCAGUUCCUUCACCUUGCCAGCCCUUUUCUCAAACAGGCCCAGCCUCACCUACUCCUCCAGUCUGUAGUAUAAAACCUUCUUCACCUCAGCCAAAUUCCUCCUCAAUUUACUCAAACUUCAGAGCUUGCCCACCAUCUUCAAGACCCAGGACCCCAACUGUGACACAGCCUAGAUCUCCAACCAUGGUGCACUCACCCUACUCCUUAUCAUCAAGAUCCAGGGAAUCAAUUUCACCACUGUCCUUCUCUUUGCCUUCUGACUCUACGAUUCCCAAGGUACUCUGCUUGCUUGAUGGCUCUCUGGCUUGCUUCUGUUCUUUUAUUCUUUUCCCCAUUCCUUCCUGA